AUGAUGAAUAUCCUGACUAUAAUGGGCACCAAAAUUGAUGAGGGAAGUGAGAAUUACAAGGAGGUUAUGAAUGCAUUUAACAUCUUAGCUCAUCGUACGGCACAGAAUUCAGUUUACUCCUCCGUGGGUUUGGGAUUUCUAACUUUAACGCCAGAGUACAAAAAAACACUUAAAUAUUUAAGAGAGUUAGUAUGCGAUUUGAUCAAGAAAAAUCCCUCUCUCAAAGCCGAGUCGGAUGAAUACGAAGACGGCAAGCAAGCGCUAGUUAAUUUGGCGGUAAAAGCUAUGAAACAAGGACUAUUCACUGCCAGCGAUGUGGAAAUCGAGAGUUUUACAAUGAUUGCUGCGUCCUACGAGACCUCAGCUAUAGUGGUGUACUCGGCGCUUGUGUUGCUGGCGAUGCAUCCGGAAAUUCAGGAACGUGCAUUUGAAGAAGUUCGUUCUGUAUUUCCAGACGGAAUCACUUCAGUGGAAUACGAUGAUUUGAAAAAAUUUCCGUACUUGGAUAUGGUCAUAGCAGAGGCAUUGCGACUAGCUCCACCAAUACCGUACAUUGGACGGCAAGCUAUAAAUGAAACCGAACUGCGGCCGGGUGUAACAAUUCCUAAGGAAAUGCAAGUUAUCAUACCAAUUUUCGAAUUGCACAGACGCAAAGAGCUUUGGGGCCCGGAAGCAGCUCGUUUUAACCCCGAAAACUUCCUACCUGGAAAUAUUGCAAAGCGUCAUCCGUGUGCGUAUAUGGCUUUCUCAAAAGGACCGCGAAAUUGCAUAGGUGUCCGUUACGCAGAAUUCACAUUGCACGUAUUAUUAAUAACUUUACUUCGCAGUCUUAAAUUCUCAACAACUUUUAAAUAUGAUGAUAUCGUUUUCAUGCCAAACGUUACUUUGAGCUAUAAAGUGGAGCCACUAUUAAGUAUAGAAGUCAGAGCUUAA